AUGAAUAAUUUGCAUGGCACAAUUCCUCUUACAUUCACCAAGGGAAAUUCCUCGAGGGAUCUGAACCUUAAUGGAAAUCAACUUGAAGGAUUAUUGCCGGCAUCUUUGCUUAAUUGUAAGAAGUUGGAAGUCUUGGAUGUUGGAAAUAAUAAGAUAAUUGACAGAUUUCCACACUGGUUGGAAUCUCUUCCAAUGCUACAAGUUUUUAUGUUGAAAUCUAAUAGAUUUCAUGGUUCCAUUGACAGUCCUAAAAGUCCAAUUCAUGUCCAAAAGUUGCGAAUCAUGGACCUUUCCGAUAAUGAGAUCAGUGGAAAUUUGCCAACGAAAUAUUUCGAACAUUUAAUAGCCAUGAUUGAUGCAGAUGCAGACCAAUUGAAAUACAUGGGAAGAAAUUAUUAUAAAGACUCUGUAAUUGUGGCAACGAAAGGCAUCACUAUUGAAAUGGAAAAGAUACUAACCAUUUUCACAGGCAUUGAUUUGUCAAACAACAAAUUUGAGGGAAAGAUUCCAGAGUUGAUUGGGAAGCUAAAGGCACUUAAAGGGCUCAACUUUUUCAUAAUAAGUUGA